AUGAGUAUGGAAGCACAAUUUUACGAAGCAAAACGUCGUCAACGUGCUAUUGAACGACGUCAAUCUCAUCGAAAUCCGCAUGAAAUGGCUAAACCAGUUCGACAAAUACAAUAUCAACCAUUACAACCAUUCAAUCUUCCUACUCGUUCAUUUCAUCAUGAAGAUAAUCGUAUGCGAUGCACAUGUACUCCUAUGCAUAUGAUGAUAUUAGAUGAUAGUGUACCAGUUUCAUUCGAACGUAGUCGAGAUAUUUAUCCUCGACCAAAAACAACAGCUGGACCAGGAGCAAAUGCUACACCACGACGAUUUUAUAAAGAUCCUAUACUUACUAGUCGAUUUAGUUCGACUGAAUAUAAGCAACAAUGGUAA